AUGGCUGGUCCCCGGCGCCGCCUCCUCCUGCCGCCGCUCGUGCUCCUCCUCGUCGCCGCCGGCGCGAUCCUCCUGCCGCAGCGCGGGUCCGCGGAGGAGGGGAAGGUCUCCCUGGAGCUCUACUACGAGUCGCUGUGCCCGUACUGCUCGCGGUUCAUCGUGAACCACCUCGCGGGGAUCCUCGAGGACGGGCUCAUCGACGCUGUCCACCUCCGCCUCGUCCCCUACGGCAACGCCCGCGUCGGGUCCAACAGCGAGAUCUCGUGCCAGCAUGGUCCGUACGAGUGCCUUCUCAACACCGUGGAAGCUUGCGCCAUCGACGCCUGGCCGGAUUUGGAUGUGCAUUUCAGUUUCAUCUACUGCGUGGAGGGCCUGGUGGUGAAGCGCCAGUACAAGGAUUGGGAGUCCUGCUUCCAGAAGCUGGGCCUCGACCCCAAGCCUGUAACACAAUGCUACAACAGCGAACUUGGCCACAAGCUUGAGCUGGAGUACGCGAACCAGACUAACGCUCUCGAGCCCCCGCACCGGUACGUCCCCUGGGUGGUCGUCGACGGGCAGCCCCUGUUCGAGGAUUACGAGAAUUUCGAGGCUUACAUCUGCAAGGCCUCCAAGGGCACUCCACCGAAGGCCUGCGAGGGGCUGGGACGUCUGCAGAUGGCGCUCGAGACAGCGGAGGCGCGAAACGGCGUCAGCUACAACUCCGGCGUCAGCAAGCUUGCAACUGCUGCUGAAGAUGGGGGUAGGGAGCAGUAA